AACUGGAUAUUGUUAUGGAUGUUAGAGUCCGACUCACAGGCUCUUGGCGGAUGAUAGUUGAUACGUGCCCAGAUCGUCGUCGAUUCAUCACCCAUUCUCAUGAUGAUAGCGAACUAGUCAACGCUCGUCAACCCCGCCCCGCCUACAUCCUACUUCAUGACCACCACUAAUCUAAAGAAUGCUACAAUUUAUGCACACCCUGGCAUGCCACUGUACACGAUCACCAGCGAUGGGAAACAGACAAAGAUCAACGACCGUCGUACUCCUGGUCGGAUUGUUGCCAUUUUCCACCAGCGAGAAAUUCUCCCAAAUACCGUUUCAUUUCCAGAACGGAAUGGUAAUGCACCGAUCAGCGUGCAAAAAUGGCUCCGAAAGACCAAACUUGCAGACGGAACGACUGCUUUUAUCAUGGGGACCGAUUACGGGCCUUACGUGUGGAAGAUGGUUUCAGGCCAUCGUCAAAAGGUUUACGCUCAAUGUGACUUGGACAGACCAAUUGCGUCCUGUUCAUUUCAUGCCACACUGUCAAAUGGAAAACCUGCAUUUUCACUGGAAUACGAUGCAGAACCUUUGCGGGAAGAUAUUCUAGUGGCUUAUCUACUCCAGAGGCAACGAGUAAUGUCAGAGGACAGGCUUAUUGACGUCUUUGUAGGAUCUCCAGCAGGGUAGACAAUACGUCAUGGACGCUGUUAUAGGGUUUAGGACAUCUCGACAGAAGUACAAUUUAUUCCACUAGGACUUGCUCAUACAUAUCGCACAUAAUUCAGUUUCUCAACCAAUGAUCAGGAUGUUACCGAUGA